AGUCGUUCAGUCGCGCGCCAGCCGGCCUCCUGCCUGGACCGGACCGGGCCUCCUGCCCCACACACACACACACACACGCAUACACUCACUCACACAUGCACUGGCCGGCGCCACGACCAGCCGCGAGUCUGAGUGCGCCCCGCGCGCGCCCGUGAUCGAGUGGAGCGCGAAGACUUGAUUGAGAAGGUUUGCACAUCCCGCGUGAUCGUUCUCCUGUCGCGCCUCAAAGUGUGUGUGUGUGUUCAUCAUCAACGUCGUCGUCAUCAUCAUCAUCAUCGCCGUCGUCGUCCUCGUCAUGGAGUGCGACUGACGGCCCGCACCCUUCCCGUGCGCGGCUCCUUAUCGCCGUCGCCGUGUUUGAGGAGCAGAGGCACUGCUGCGGCAGCGCGAGCAGCAUGGCCCCCGCGGGGCCCGGCGGAGGAGCGCCGCCCACGCCGUCGUCCACGUCCACGUCGUCGUCGUCGUCGUCAACCGGACUCCUCCGGAUCGCCGCCGCGCUCCUACUCGUGCUCGCCGUCCUGACGCCGUCCGCGACGGCAGCGUCCAACUCGACGGGCGCCACCGCCGCCGGCGGCAACGCCACGACGCACCUCACCCGCCAACACCGCUACCCGGGACAGGACUCUGACGGCGCGCUGCAGUCCGUGGCCGCCGGAGGCCCCAACGUAUGCCGGUCGAGGUAUCGUAACUACUGCUGUCCUGGAUGGACCCUGCGCCACGGACUGUGCAUCAUCCCUGUCUGCGUGCGCACCUGCAAUGUCGGCAGCUGCGUCAAGCCCAACGUCUGCAGCUGUCCGCCCGGCGACCAGGAAUGCCGGGACCAGAUCAGCAGAGCAGGCAAUGGCACGGCGCUGGGGUGGCCGCGGUCGGCGGGGGGCCGCGGCUCCGGCUCCAGCUGCCCCAUCACCUGCCUCAACGGGGGGUCGUGCGUCAACGGGACGUGCGCGUGCCGCCCCGGCUACCAGGGGCCGUUCUGCGGCGAACCCAUCUGUAAGGAGCCCUGCCUACACGGCGGCCGCUGUAUCGGACCCGACCGCUGCGCCUGCGUCUACGGCUUCAGCGGCCGGCGCUGCGAGGCGGACUACCGAACGGGCCCCUGCUACACCAAGGUGACGGCCGACUCGUGCAACGGCCAGCUCGAGGGCGUGGUGUGCACCAAGCAGCUGUGCUGCGCCACGGUGGGCAAGGCCUGGGGCCACCCCUGCGAGAAGUGCGCCAAGCUGGACUGCGACCCGGGCCACCUCAAGAACAUCCACACCGGCAAGUGCUACGACAUCGACGAGUGCGAGGCCAUCCCGGGGCUGUGCCGCGGCGGCAAGUGCGUCAACUCGGUGGGCUCCUUCACGUGCGAGUGCCCCGACGGCCAGACCCGCAACCCGGAGAACAACGAGUGCGAGGACCGCGACGAGUGCAAGGAGGGCCUGGCCUCGGGAGAGGCCGUGUGCGAGCACGGGCACUGCGUCAACACCCAGGGCGGCUUCUACUGCGUGUGCGACCCGGGCUUCAUACCCCGCCAGGACCGCAAGGGCUGCAUCGACGCGCGCCAGGGCUUCUGCUUCGCCUCCGUGUCGGACGCGGGGCUGUGCCAGAACAAGCUGCCCAUCCGACUCUCCAAGAAGGACUGCUGCUGCGGUGUCAACAUGGGCAAGGGCUGGGGCGACGAGUGCGAGCGCUGCCCUGACGUCGGCGACAGUGCUUACCGGAAUCUGUGCGUGGACGGCUAUCCGGGCGGCGCUGGCGGCUACCCCAGCGGCGCAGGCGGCUACGGCGCGGGCGGCUACCCUGGCGGUGCGGGCGCGGGCGGCCCGGUGGGUCCAGGAGGCACGGGCCCGGGCGGCAUCUCCGGCCCAGGCGGCGGCAUCGGCGGCAGGGGUCCCGCCGGCGGCCCUGGGGGUUGGGGCCCUGGAGGCACGGGGCUGUCGGGCCCGGGAGGCUGGUCGGGCGCGCGACCCAGCGGCCCCGGGGCUCGGCCGGGACACGUCGGCUACGACCGUCCCACGGGCACCUACGGCGGCCCCGAGACGAUAGGACUGCCCGGCGCUCGGGGGACCUACCCCGGCGCGGGCCUCCCCGGCGGCGCUCAACAGACGGGCCCCGGUGGCAGGUACCCCGGCGGGGGGCGUUGGCCCCCCGGUAGCUCGGGCCCCGGCGGACAGCAGUCUCCCGGCGGCCCCGGCUGGACCGGCGGGCCCGGCCUCAGCCUCAGCGGCUUCUCGCACCGCGUCGACGAGUGCAGCAUCCAGCCGGGCAUCUGCGGCCACGGCCGCUGCGUGGACCAGCCCAUGGGCUACACCUGCGAGUGCGACGCCGGCUUCAAGCAGGGACCAUCCCAAGUGUGUGAAGACGUGGACGAGUGCGCGGACCUGCACUACUGCCAGGGCGGCACCUGCACCAACACCCAGGGCGGCUUCACGUGCGUGUGCCCGCCGGGCUUCGACCUGUCGGCCGACAACAAGCAGUGUCUAGACCACGACGAGUGCCAGGAGAACGGCAUGUGCGCCAACGGCGUCUGCGUCAACAUGCACGGCUCGUUCAAGUGCCAGUGCAACAACGGCUUCAUCCUGUCGCCCACCGGGCACGCCUGCAUCGACGUGGACGAGUGCAUGGAGAACCCGCGCAUGUGCCUGCACGGGCGGUGCCGCAACACGCCCGGCUCCUACGACUGCGACUGCAGCCCGGGCUUCACCGCCUCGCCCGACCGCUCCUACUGCGUGGACACGGACGAGUGCGCCGAGACGGGCAUGUGCGGCAAGGGCCGCUGCGUCAACAUCGACGGCUCCUUCCGCUGCGUCUGCGACCCGGGCUACCGCCUCGGCGCCGACCACAAGCAGUGCGAGGAUAUCGACGAGUGCGCAGCGCGGCCGUGCCAGAACGGACGCUGCAUCAACACCGAGGGCAGCUUCAAGUGCGAGUGCCCGCCCGGGUUCGUCCUGGGCCCCGGCGGCCGCUCGUGCGAGGACACGCGCCGCGACCUCUGCUACUCGUCCUUCCGGAACGGCAUGUGCUCCGGGCCCAGCACGCUGCCCGUCACCAGGUCCAGCUGCUGCUGCUGCACCGUCAUCUUCGGCCAGCCCUCGGGCUGGGGCACGCCGUGCCAGCAGUGCCCGAUGCAGGGCACGCACGAGUUCGAGCAGCUGUGCCCGCACGGGCCCGGCAUGACCUUCAGCGGCGACGACAUCAACGAGUGCGCGCAGAACCCCAACCUGUGCCCCAACGGCGCGUGCGAGAACCUCAUGGGCAGCCACCGCUGCAUCUGCAACCCGGGCUACCAGGUGGACGCGACGGGCAAGGUGUGCAGCGACAUCAACGAGUGCGAGCUGGACAACAUGGUGUGCAACGGCGGCCAGUGCCGCAACACGCCCGGCAGCUUCAACUGCAUCUGCGACCCGGGCACACAGUUCAACACGAGCACGCAGACCUGCGAGGACAUCGACGAGUGCCGCGAGCUGGGCGAGGAGGCGUGCAUCGGCGGCGAGUGCACGAACACCCGCGGCUCGUACGAGUGCACCUGCGGCCCGGGCACCAUGCUGGACAACACGGGCCGCAUUUGCAUCGACAACAGGCGGGGCUCGUGCUGGACGCGGAUGGUGGCGGGGCGCUGCGAGAACAACCUGGCGCGGCUGACGCUGCGCUCCGAGUGCUGCUGCUCGGUGGGCCUGGCCUGGGGCAGCCCCUGCGAGGCGUGCCGCCCCGACGAGUGCGGCGGCUGCCCCAAGGGCUACGCCAAGCUGGACGGCAAGGCGUGCACCGACAUCAACGAGUGCGACCUCAACGAGGGCAUCUGCCGCGGCGGCGGCACCUGCGUCAACACCGAGGGCUCCUUCACGUGCCAGUGCCCGCCGGGCCUGACCCUCGACCCCUCGGGCACGCUGUGCCAGGACCUGCGCCAGGAGCGCUGCUUCCUCGACUACAAGCACGGCGAGUGCGUCAACGCGCUGCCCGGCCUCUUCCCGCGCUCCAUCUGCUGCUGCACCUCGGUGGGCCGCGGCUGGGGCGGCUCGGACGGCGGCCGCUGCGAGUCGUGCCCCAAGGCCGGGUCCCAGGCCCACCAGGAGCUGUGCCCCAGGGGCCCGGGCUUCGUCGACAGGCGCGACAUCAACGAGUGCACAGAGUUCCCCGGCAUCUGCGAGAACGGGCGCUGCAAGAACACCCCCGGCGGCUACUCGUGUCGCUGCAACCAGGGCUACUCCCUGGACGAGAACGGCGUCAAGUGCCUCGACAUUGACGAGUGCAACAUCAUGUCCGGGACGUGCGGGGACGGCGUCUGCCAGAACACUCCGGGCAGUUUCAUCUGCAAGUGCAACGAGGGCUACGAGAACAGCAGAGUGAUGCAGGUUUGCAUGGAUAUCAACGAGUGCGAGCGCGUCCCCGGGCUGUGCCGCGGCGGCACGUGCCACAACACCCAGGGCAGCUACAAGUGCGAGUGCCCACCCGGCCACGAGCUGGCGCCCGACCAGAAGUCCUGCAAAGACAUAGACGAGUGCUCGCGGACGAGCGGCAUCUGCUCCAACGGCGUGUGCGAGAACAUGAUGGGCACGUACCAGUGCGUGUGUGACGACGGCUACCAGCAGUCCGGGGCGCAAGGGUCGCACUGCGAGGACCUCGACGAGUGCGACGGCGGCAACGGCGGCUGCGAGGACAUUUGCGUCAACUCGCCGGGCAGCUUCGCGUGCGCCUGCAGCCCCGGGUUCACGCUGCAGCUCGACGGCCGGUCGUGCAAGGACGUGGACGAGUGCAAGGACAACAAGCGGAUCUGCAACGGCGGCCAGUGCACCAACACGCUGGGCUCCUUCUUCUGCACGUGCGGGGACGGCCUGCUGUCGGGCCCGGGCGGCGGACCGUGUGUCGACAUCGACGAGUGCAAGGAGAAGGGUUCCGGCGCGUGCGGCCCGGGCACCUGCUACAACUCGCUGGGCUCGUACCAGUGCCAGUGCGAGGACGGGUACUCGGCCAAGGCGGGCGCGGGCGAGCAGUGCACGGACGACGACGAGUGCGAGCUGGGCAUCAGCAACUGCGACGUCAACGCGGAGUGCGUCAACACGCCGGGCUCGCACACCUGCCACUGCAAGGACGGCUUCACCGGUAACGGCGUCACUUGCCGCGACGUCAACGAGUGCCUGACCAACAACGGCGGCUGCGACCAGAACGCCAAGUGCGUCAACACGGAGGGCUCCUUCCAGUGCGUGUGCGACGCGGGCUUCCGCGGCGACGGCUACUCGUGCGUGGACAUCGACGAGUGCGCCGAGGACGACAAGCUGUGCGAGAACGGCCACUGCCUCAACUACCCGGGCUCGUACCGCUGCGAGUGCGAGAUGGGCUUCGUGCACAAGGACGACCGCUUCCAGCAGACAUGCGUCGACAUAAAUGAGUGCGAGAGCUUCAGCAAUCUGUGCGUGUAUGGUCGCUGCAUCAACACGAUCGGCAUGUUCCAGUGCAAGUGCAACGAUGGCUACGAACUGGACGACUCCAAAGGCAACUGCACCGACAUCAACGAGUGCGACAGCCCCGGCGCCUGCCUGUACGGCCUGUGCGUCAACACCCAGGGCAGCUUUGUGUGCCAGUGUCCGCCCAACUACCAGCUCGAGGGCAACGCAUGCAUCGACAAGCGCAUGGCCAGCUGUUGGAUAGACGAGCGGUGCAGCCACGAGAUGGGCCACGGCUCCAGGGCGACCUGCUGCUGCUCCAUGGGCCGCGCCUGGGGGCCGCAGUGCGAGCCGUGCCCCGAGGAGGGCAGCGACGAGAUGGAGGCGCUGUGCCCCACCGGCAGUGGCUUUCGCCCCAACAACAAGACGUCGAUCCCGGAGGACAUCAACGAGUGUGACGACGUUCCCGGGCUGUGCAAGAACGGCCACUGCACCAACACGUUCGGCAGCUUCAUCUGCUCGUGCCGCGACGGCUACCGCCUCGACAACGGCACCAUGAUGUGCGUGGACGUGGACGAGUGCCGCGAGCACCCAGACCUGUGCGGCGUGGGCGCGUGCGAGAACAUCCCGGGCUCGUACCGUUGCAUCUGCCCCGAAGGCUUCGUGCUGCGGCCCGGCAGCCAGGACUGCGUGGACACGCGGCGAGACGAGUGCUACACCGCGCUGGAGGACGGGCGCUGCUCCGCGCCCAUGUCCAGCCCGCAGACGCUCAUGCUGUGCUGCUGCUCCAUGGGCGCCGCUUGGGGCAAAGACUGCCAGCCCUGCCCCCGCGCCAGCACUCACGAGUACCACCAGCUGUGCGGCGUGAUGAAGCCCGGCCAGCUCGUGGACCCCUGGACCAACAAGACGGAGGAGAUCGACGAGUGCCGGCUCAUGCCACAGAUGUGCAGCCACGGCGUCUGCCUCAACGUGCCCGGCAGCUUCGAGUGCCAGUGCCACCACGGCUACGUGUACGACCUGGACUCGCACCAGUGCAUCGACGACAACGAGUGCAUCCGCUUCCCCAGCCCGUGCGAGGGCAACGCGCAGUGCGUCAACACGCCGGGCAGCUUCCAGUGCCAGUGCUCGCCGGGCUACACGCUGGGCGUCAGCAUGCGCGACUGCGAGGACAUCGACGAGUGCGCGGAGCGGCCGGGCAUCUGCCAGGACGGCACGUGCCACAACCUCCAGGGCAGCUUCCAGUGCCAGUGCCGGCAGGGCUUCCAGCUGAGCGCGGCCCGCGACUCGUGCGUCGACGUCGACGAGUGCGCGCGCCAGCCCAACCUGUGCGGCAACGGCACCUGCGUCAACAGCCUGGGCUCGUUCCGCUGCCACUGCUUCCCGGGCUUCAAGAUCGGACCCAACAACGACUGCAUCGACACGGACGAGUGCCGCACGGCCCCCUUCCUCUGCCGCAACGGCCGCUGCAGGAACACGAUGGGCUCCUUCCACUGCGAGUGCGCCGAGGGCUACACCCUGUCCGUGGACGGACAACACUGCCGCGACGUGGACGAGUGCCGGGAGCAACCAGGGCUGUGCCCGCCGCCCGGCAAGUGCCUCAACCUGAUGGGCUCCUACCAGUGCACCUGCCCGGCCGGCUACCAGCUGGACCCGCGCACCCGCGCGUGCGUCGACGUCAACGAGUGUCUGUCGACGUCCAACCUGUGCGAGGGCGGCACCUGCGUCAACCGCGAGGGCGGCUUCGACUGCCGGUGCCCGCCGGGCUGGGAGCUCAGCCCCACCGAGGUGAAGUGCCUGGACCGCCGCCAGGACUACUGCUACGACACGGCCUACCGCGGCCAGUGCACGGACCCGCGCAUGCGGGCCGUCACCAUGAUGGAGUGCUGCUGCAGCAUGGGCGCCGCAUGGGGCCGCGGCUGCCAGGACUGCCCCAUACCGGGCUCGGACGAGUUCAAACGGCUAUGCCCGAUGGGCGAGGGCCACGGCGUGCACGGCGAGGACCUCAACGAGUGCGACAUGAUGCCGGACGCGUGCGUGGGCGGCGAGUGCAUCAACACGGACGGCUCCUUCCGCUGCGAGUGUCCGCAGGGCUUCAAGCUGGACAGCGAGGGCAAGAAGUGCGUCGAUGAAAAUGAAUGCUUGACGCAAAGCGGCAUAUGUGGUAACGGCACGUGCGCGAACGUGGAGGGUAGCUUCGAGUGCUCGUGCAACGAGGGCUUCGCGCCAGGCCCGAUGCAGGUUUGCGAGGACGUGAACGAAUGCCGCGAGAUGGGCAACCAGUGCGCCUUCCGCUGCCACAACGUGCCGGGCUCUUUCCGUUGCUUCUGCCCGUACGGGUACGCCCUCGCACCCGACGGCCGGCACUGCGAAGAUGUCGACGAGUGCUCGACGCCGGCCAACAACUGCAAGUACCAGUGCAAGAACCUGAUCGGCACGUUCAUGUGCAUCUGCCCCGAGGGCUACACGCAGGUGGGCUCCUCGGACGACUGCCGCGACGUGGACGAGUGCUCCACGAAGCCCGGCAUCUGCCGCGACGGCAACUGCGUCAACCUGCAGGGUUCGUACCGCUGCGACUGCUUCGAGGGCUACCGGAGGAGUCCGGACGGCAAGUCCUGCCUGGACGUGAGGGUGGGCUACUGCUUCAAGCAGCUCAUCGGCGGGCAGUGCUCUUCGCGCACGGACAGCCUCAUGCCCGUCACCAAGAUGGACUGCUGCUGCACUAUGGGCGCCGCCUGGGGCCCGCAGUGCGAAGCCUGCCCUACUCCCUCCUCGCUCGAGUACCAGGAGCUGUGCCUCGACACCGGCAUUACCAAGGACGGGCAGGACAUUGACGAGUGCGCGACCAUCCCUGACCUGUGCAGGAACGGCCGGUGCAUCAACACGAUGGGAUCCUACCGCUGCAUAUGUAACAAGGGAUACAAGCAGGAUCACAAUGGCAAGAACUGCAUCGACGUCAACGAAUGCGAGCUGUCGCCGUCUCCCUGCGCGUUCUCCUGCCAGAACACGGAAGGCAGCUUCACGUGCGGCUGCGCCGCGGGCUACGUCCUGGGCGCCGACCGCUCGUCCUGCGUGGACCUGGACGAGUGCGCCACGGGCCAGCACCGCUGCCAGAGCGAGUGCGCCAACACGCCGGGCAGCUACACGUGCUCGUGUCCGAAGGGCUUCACCAGCGAGGGCGACAGCUGCAUCGACGUGGACGAGUGCGACGAGCCCGGCGUGUGCCCGUCGCCCGGCACGUGCAUCAACACCCGCGGCAGCUUCAAGUGCAUCUGCCCGCGCGGCUUCAAGCUGGACCGCACCGGCACCUUCUGCACGGACAAGGACGAGUGCGCCGACGACACCAAGUGCGAGCACGGCUGUCAGAACCUGAUCGGGAGCUACCGGUGUCGCUGUCCCGAGGGCUUCGUGCCGCACGCCUACUUCAACGACUGCGUCGACGAGAACGAGUGCUCAUCCGGGACCAGCCCCUGCGGGGGCGGUAACUGCAUCAACACCCUGGGCAGCUUCCGGUGUGGCUGCCCCGACGGUUACCAGUACGACAGCGGCACUGCCGUGUGCCUGCAGGCCGCCUCCGUCUGCAUCGGCAGCCCUUGCUCCUUCGGAUGCUCACCGGUCGGCGUCGGGGGCUUCUCGUGUGGCUGUCCCACCGGUUAUCAGAGCAUCGGCCAGGGCCACUGCUUAUCGACCAUAAGCCAUCUGGGCUCACACGUCCCAGAUCUUGGCGUUCCAACUUACCCCAUUGACCCACAAAAUGACCCAUACCAAGUGCCUCACGAAAAGUUGAUUUCAACCGAGGGCUGCUUCUCCUGCAAGAAUGGAAGAGGACGUAGCAAACGAGGAAUCAAUCUAGAGCAAUUACGCACGAAGAAUUCGUCACUGGCAGCACACAGGUUCUUCUGGCAAGAGAGGGUUAACGUAGAACAGUCAUCUUUACCACUGAAAAGGUCCAGACGCCACCAACAUGGAGUUGGAGAGUUCCGUGAAGUAAAGAUAAAUUUGGCCCAGACCAAACACCGCAUGAGAAUAGUGAAACUACAACCUGCUAUUAAGAAUGACUUUGCAUAUGAAAUCAAACAUGGGAAUGACCAAGGAUUGUUUGAACUGAUUCGUAAGCAUGGUGUGUGGGCUCUUCAUUUCCGACAACGUCUGAAGACUUCAGGCAUAUUCCACCUGGAAAUUGAAGGAAGACCAACGGCCUCCCAAAUCAACAAAGAAUGGGAAAAGCCUCUGAUACUACGACUCAAAAUAAUUGUGGAAACUUAAAAUACAUAUACAAAUGACAAGUUCUCUUGCCAAACUUUUCUAGGGAUGCCCAAAUGGGACAAUUUAACAUUCCUAUUAACAACAAUGUAAUAUUUUAUCAGACAGGAGACAGUAUUUGUCUAUGUGAAAGACUACUGUGAUGUGUUUGGCCAGCAAACAUUAAUCUAAGCUUCUGUGAUAAAAUUGUUUAAGAAAAUAUACCCUAGUUUCAUAUUGGAACUGUAAAAAUUAUAAGGGCAUUGGGCACCCCUAGCACUUUACAAAAGAUUGUAUGUUAUACGCUUUCCUGCAUUUAAUGAUUAGAUAAUAUACGCAUGUUAUUUUUAGUAAAAUGGCAAGCCAAAUUCAGUCAUCUUAUUUAUGAAGAAAUUACAAGUAUGUAAUCUGUACACUUAUAAUGAAGUAUCUCAUUAAAAUGUAAGUGACACAGCAUGUGUGGAAGUCGUUGUAAUAGUGUGUGUGCAUGUAUGGAUGGAUGAAUGUAGGCGGGUAUUUAGGGAGAAAAUGAGCAGCAAGAAGCUGACAAAAUUAAAAGAAUCUGUGAAGCCACCAAAAAGAAUGUAAAACCUUGAAAUGUAUUAAUUCAAGUUUACAUAACUUUGCCAAUAUUUUGGCACAAGUUCAGGAGCAAUUAAUUUUAACUGUUCUGUUCUAUAAAGAACAUUGAUUAGUGAAAUGUGUGCAAAAAAAAACUGUGAUUUAUCACUGCCUUGAGUGUUCUCAAAGAAACUAAACCAAACAAAACAAAACAAUUGUGACUACUCUAUCCCUAUAAUCCUUAACAGUUGAGAAAUUGAGAGCAAAAGCAAAUUAAAGGAGAAAAAUAAUGCCUCCACCUGCCAUUACUACAAAGUGGCAAGGAAACAGGAUGGGGGGAUCA